AUGUAUCCCUGUCUCGCUUUCAGUCACAGCAAGGCCAGCAUCAGGUCCACUCCGAGCGAAGCCAGUCCCACCCUCGUCAACCACGUCACAACCAUCAGCGACAGCUUUGGCGACGGUUUCUUUGGUUCUUCCUUCGGCUCAGAUGUUCCUAGAGCCCCUCCUCCAUCCCUGGACAACGACACCCUUCUCGACAUCAAACCUCGCAAGAUCUCCUUCUCCAGUGUCCUUGGCAUGAGCAGCGCCUGUGCCUUUCCCUCGUGGCCCAACCGUCCCAGUCUCUUGAACUCCGAUUCCGAAUCUUCCACUGCUACUGCAUAUCUCUCCGACGAGGACCUGCUUUUCUCGACCGACUCGACUUCUUCCUCGGAAUCGGCCAUCGAAGAGGAAUCUGCUGCUCAGGAACCGGGCAUGGGCGGCCACUCUCUCACGACCGAACAACAGAUUCAAAUGCUCCGCGCCGCUGCCGAAGAAGAGGCCCAACGCGCGCGGUUCCUCGCCCAGGUGCAGGCUCACGCUCGUGCUCAGCAAGCGCUCCGCGUGGCCCAGGUCGCCGCUACCGAUAAGGAAAACACGAAGCGCAAGAAGCGCCGAACCUUUUCGGACAAGAAGCGACGCACCACUUUUGUCAGAACUUCCAGCCGCUCCUAG